CAAUCCUCUUCUUCCUUCUCCCACAUCUCACCUUUCUUCUCCAGUUGUCAACAAUGGCAACCUCCGCGCCAUCGUCGACAUCAACAUCAUCCACGGUUUGGAUAAGAAAUCUUUCUCCGGUUCGCAUCUCGCAUCUAUUUCUUUCUAAUCAUACGUCAAAUCCCUCUCUUCAGGGUCCCGUGCAGAUCUGGCAUGUGCACAACCCCCUUUGCACGUAACUUCAUCCCAGUUAAUUGCAAGUGAAGUCUUUCCUGCGCCUGUCGUUAAGGCACUUCUCUAUCCUGGAGCAAUUGUAAAUGGCCUUGUCACGAACUUGACAGUUCCUAGCUGGAGUAACUUGUUAGACGUCUAUAAUUUGACAACGUGAAGGAAGCCUUUGCUGUUACUGAUCUUCAACGCUAAGAGAGUGGCACAUAGCUAAGGGAGAAUUUGAGAGCCCCUCAACACCAAGAUCUUACCCAAAAAGCACUCAUAUUGUCUAUAUUCUAAAUGCUCUCUGCUAAAUGCCAAGCUGACGCCCAUUCUUUCUGAUGCUUACGUACUAUACCAUUGGAAGCUAUCACUACCCGCACGCCAAAUAGUGAUCCAGGUUCUUGUGGGAAGCUAUUUCUCAGUGGCUGGAGCGUUUGUGGGUGUUUUGAAGCCCGAGAGGAUGAGCGUGUUCGGAAGUCUCUUGGUAAUUUGGGGUCUUGUUAAGGAAGGAAUCCCCGGAAAACCUGCGAACACAGAUCCUUCCAAAUCUGCUUAUGUUUAUCCUACAAUGGUUGUUGCCGUUAUCUGUGCUUUCUCAUUGGUUAAUUAUGAUGUGAAGAAGGCAGUUAGAAGUGCCCCUGUUCGACCCAUUGCAAAGCCACUUCAGAGCUCAUCAAAAUCUAAGCUUAAAUAUUCUUUGCAGCACUAUCAGACUUUUCCAGCUUCGGUAAAACUACAUCUGUUUUGGUUCAAUUGUAUGGAUCACAGAGAGGAGUUCCUGUCUGGUGAUCCUGUCUGGUUCCGUCUUGUCUACAAUAUUGAAACUAAUCAGUUCAAAAUGGAGCUCUGCGGCCGUCCCAACACAAAUGAGAACAACAGUCAAGCAGAAAUAGAAAAUGAAACUGGUACUUCUGAUCUAGUGGUACUAUCCAUUAAUCGUAUUCUUCAACAAGCUGUUUCAUCCGGUUCUUCAGACGGUACCAUUUACAAGGUUCCAGAACCUCUGCGCAGCAUCAAGCCAGAAGCUUAUACGCCCACUGUCAUCUCUAUCGGUCCUUUGCACUCCGGUAGAAAAGAUCUUAUGGCUAAUUCACUCAAACCCAGGUACCUUCAAAACUUCCUUAAUCUCACCCAGCUCCCCACCAACACAAUUGUUGAAAUAGUCAAGACUUGGGAAAAAAGAGCUCGCUAUUGUUAUGCAGAAUCCAUCGAGAUGAGCAGGGAUGAAUUUGUGGAACUUCUUGUCUUUGAUGGCUGUUUUGUGGUCAUGCAUCUCAUCAGUUAUUCCUUCUUCGAACUUCGGGCCUCAGAUAUGUCGAAUUUGUGGAAAUUCUGGGAUGAACUAUUUUGUGAUCUGAUACUGCUUGAAAACCAGCUUCCCUUCUUCCUUCUCCAAUCUCUAUACGACCUCUGCGCCUCUUCUCAACCUUUCAGCAAAGGUGUGCGUUUCAUUGAACUUGUUCAUCAAUAUUUCAUUGAAUCCCAUAAAGGAGGGUUGUUUUCUCUUAAAGAACAUGUACUUUUGGCUGGCAUAGGCGUCCAAGUGAAUCAUUUUGUUGAUUUAUUAAGACUGCACUUUACUCAUACACGUUCCGAUAAAAUGUCCUUCCAGCACACAUUUUGGCCACCGAAUGCCACUCAGCUUCACGAAUGUGGUGUUAUUUUCAAGACGGGGAAGGGCAUAGCAUUUAAAGACCAAGGUGGCUGUCUACAACUGCCGCAAAUCAACAUAUACGAUGAUUUCGAAAAGCGUGUGAGGAAUCUUAUAGCUUAUGAGCAAUGCCAUUUUUGCAGUGAGUUAAGGAACGAGGUGAGCAACUUUGCUGUGUUUAUGCAGUGCUUGGUCCAGACAGACCAAGACGUGAAAUUGCUGAUUGAGGGAGGGAUCAUACACAACAACUUUGGUAGUAUCAACGAGGUUACCCAAUUAUUCAACAACCUCGGUAAGCACAUCUGCCCUGGAAUUAACUCCUACAAUUCUGAUUGCAAAAGAAUGAAAGAUUAUUGCAAGCGCCCUCGCCAUCGGUGGAUUUCGUUGUUGCGACGCAACUAUUUCAGCACGCCAUGGCUCUGUGCUUCCUCCAUUGCGGCCAUCCUCCUCCUUGCACUCACUCUCAUACAAACGAUCGUGGCUUUAGUUGACCUCUUAUUCAAAUGAGGUUCUUAAUUAAAUCUUAUUUAAAUGAGGUUCUUAACUGGAUCCAAUUCAAAUUAUGCUUUUCUGAGUUUAGAAUUCAACAACUUCUAAGUUAGUUGAGAGAUUCCAAUUCAAUGUUUAACUAUAAGUUGGAUCAAUGUUUAACUAUAUGUUCAAGUUGGCUCUAUUAAAUUUA